AUCCGCCAUAGCUAUCCAAUGGAAGUUCUUGUUAAUACAAGACGUGAAGUUUAUCGAGUCUUGCAGCUGAUAAAAAUGAAGAGAAAAACAAAACUGCGACGAAGAACACACAGGGACUGCCAACAACACAACUUUAGAUGACGAAGGGAAGGGGUGGUGUGCCUGCCAACUCGGCUGCAGCUGAAGUGGUGUAGGCGAAUGAACAAAAUACUCCGCCUCUUUGCUGAUCGCACAAAAAACAUCUGAGACCGCAUUCUUACGGUCUUCACACGGCGAUCGUGUGUUGUUUUAACUAAUUUGGAUUUCAACGAAGUGGCAACAUGACCGAGACGAAACAAGUCACUGAGCCUGAAAUGAAGGGCUGGCUUCACAAGUGGACUAACUAUAUUAAAGGCUAUCAAAAACGAUGGUUUAUUUUAUCAAAUGGAGUACUUUCAUACUAUAGAAGUCAGGCUGAAAUGGCACACACCUGCCGAGGUUCCAUCCGACUGCAAGGUGCUAUGAUUCACACUGAGGAUACUUGCCACUUUGUCAUCUCUAACGCAGGAACUAAUACCUUCCAUCUUAGAGCUAGCACUGAGGUGGAACGGCAGCGCUGGGUGACAGCUUUGGAGCUUGCUAAAACCAAAGCAGUCAAAACAAGUGAUUCUGAGUACAUGAGUAACACCGAGGAUGAGGAUGACUAUGAUGAAUCUCCAGCGCCAGGGGGAGACAAGGCCGAAUUACAGUCCGUCCUGAAGACACUGAGUGCCAAGUUAGAGGAUUUACAGACGUGCAGCGACUUGAUUGCCAAACAAUGUGCUGCCUUGCAGCGUUCAUUGGCUGAAGCUGAAGCCGUCGCUGCCGACAAUCCACAGGAAGUCUUAACUAAAAUGAAAGCAGUCAAUGAGCGAGCUACUUUGUUCCGCAUCACCUCUAGUGCCAUGGUUAACGCCUGCGGUGAAUACGCCCAGUUGGCUCAGACACAGGGCCGCAAAUGGCAGCGAAUGUUGUCGCACGAACACGAGCAACGGCGCCGUCUUGAAGACAUGGUGGAACAGCUAGCAAGACAGCACUCUCAUCUUGAGCAAGCUGCCCAACAACAAGCACGGGCUACUCCCAGUGGACUUUCUGCUACCAGCGGCCAGCUACUGGCUCAUUCUAUACAUUCAGAAGAGGAUGAAGAACCUGAAUUCUACGACGCCGAGGAAGAUGAAAUCCAAACUGAUUACAUCGUUCAAGUGCCUAUUGGCCAUCGACGCACUCCUUCGGGAGUAAGCACAAAUUCUCAGGCUUCUGAGGGCAGGAAUGCUGGAGAGAAUACACAAGAUUCAGAGAGCGACGCAGAAAAUGACACGACGAUCAGUGUGAUCACGCGAAGAAACACGUCCACUGUUGAAACUUUGAGUUCGUUAACCGUCUCGACUUUGAGCGAAAAUGGCUCUAUGGUUUCUCGGAAGCCCAGACGGACUCGCGUGCCCGAUAAACCCAAUUAUCCGCUUAACCUAUGGGGAGUCAUGAAGAACUGUAUUGGCAAGGACUUGAGCAAAAUUCCCAUGCCGGUCAACUUCUCCGAGCCACUGUCCAUGCUGCAGCGUUUGUCAGAGGAUUUCGAGUAUUCUGAACUGCUGGAUAAGGCCGCUACUUGCAGUGAUGCCUGCGAGCAGCUUGCUUACGUUGCAGCUUUCACUGUUUCCUCGUACGCGACUACGAGCAUUCGAACAGCCAAACCGUUUAACCCACUGUUAGGAGAAACUUUUGAAUUUGACCGAACCGAUGAUAAGGGUUGGAAAGUGAUUUCUGAACAAGUAUCACAUCAUCCACCCAUGGUGGCUCAACAUUGUGAAGGCCGUGGCUGGCGGUGUUGGCAAGAGUUUACCAUGUCUUCAAAGUUUCGUGGCAAAUAUUUACAAGUGAUACCCUUGGGCGAAUAUCAUUUGGAAUUUGACGGCUCAGGUAACCAUUACACUUGGCGUAAGGUGACGACGACGGUGCACAACAUUAUCGUGGGCAAGCUAUGGGUUGAUCAGAGUGGUGAAAUGGACAUAACUAAUCAUGUUACGGGCGACAAGUGCCAUUUAAAAUUUAUUCCCUACAGUUACUUCUCACGGGAAACCCAGCGCAAGGUGACGGGAGCAGUUAUGACAAGAGACGGUUCGGUCAAGUGGGUGAUGGGCGGUACGUGGGACGAUCACAUUGAGGCUUCUAGGGUAAUCAACACAUUAAAAACUAACAAGGGAACUCCUGUUUUUGAGACGGAACCGUUGAGCACGUUGUGGAAGCGACGCGUGCCUCCACCCGAAGCUGAGCGAUAUUACAAUUUCACGGAACUUGCCUGCCAGCUUAACGAAAUGGAAGAAGGUUUGGCGCCAACGGACUCUCGAAAACGACCGGAUCAACGUCUGAUGGAAGAGGGGAAAUGGGACGAAGCUAAUGAUGAAAAACUUCGCCUAGAAGAGAAACAACGUGCUGCUCGAAGGCAACGUGAAUUGGAGGCUGAAUUAGCCAUACAAGAAGGUCGUCCAGUGCCUGCCUACGAGUCCAACUGGUUCCGAAAGGAGAAGGAUCGAUACACUGGCAACGUGCUGCAUGUGUACAGUGGGCAAUACUGGGAGUGUAAACGGAAGCAGGACUGGGCUGUGUGCCCGGACAUAUUUUAGAUACGACAACACUAUUCCCCCUACACCUCCAAACAAUGAACGUCUUUAUCCUUUGGAACUAUUGUCUCCUGCCUACACCCUUCCUUGCCCUUAUUUGCUCCUUUUUUCUUUUCUUAGAAAGGAAAGAAAAAUUCCCAUUGGUUGCAAUAUGCUUUAGUGCGCUAACUACGGUUAUGUAUUUCAUCAGAAACUUUUGUUCCGGAUCCUGUUUAUGAUUUUCUUUUCGAUUCUAAUCGCUUUCACGUACAGUAUACGCUGCCCACAAGGAAAGGCUUUUUGGAAGUUGGAAGAAGAAAAACGAAGGGUAAACUAAACUUUGGUAAAGGGAUUUUUUUUUUUUUUUUUCUUUUUAAGGUUCACUGCUAUUCAAAGAAUUGUACCGAUUGGUGAAAACGAAGCAGGAAACUAUUGUUAGUACGUAUCAAGGUUCAUAUUGUCCAUCGUGUGUAAAAAAAAAAAAAAAAGAAACCUCAAAAUUAUUCCUUUUUCUUUUUUAAUAAUGCUUUUUUCCCCCUUACGAUUGGAUUAUUCACUGUAGGAAUUGAUUUUCAUGAGUUGCUAAAAAAAAACAACUGAAUUUAAUUAUAUCCUUUUUUCAUAUUUUGUCACUGUGUGCUUCUAUUUUGACGGUUGCGGUGAACGUGAACUAUUCUUUUGUGAAUGCAAAAAUCAUUGAAGCAAGGCAACUGAGACUGAAACAUUAAAGAGAAGAAAUUGUAACUCGUU